AUGUCUUCAGACUCAGACCUCUCAACGCCCCCAGCGACUGACGACGAGAUGCCCGUCGAAGCUCCACCCUCGAAGGCGACAAAAGGCCCGCAAAAGAAGAAGAAGAAUGGCACCAUUCUGUCGUUCUUCGACAAGAAGCAGCGGUCGCCUACUCCGCCGCCGCGCAAGAAGCGCGCACCCUCGCCGCCACAUGAACCUGUUCCGGAAGACAAUCCUGACAUUGCUUUCAUAGUGAUGUUCCGAUCACGAUUCGCUGAUGCAUUUCCGACCAAAUGCCCUCAUCUAGGGCCUCAAGAUCUCGAGCGAGGCGUCACAGGAGACCUACCAACUUCGGAAGUCGAAAGCCUCCUUUGUGCCCUCCUAGGGCUGGUCAACAAUCGCAAAAAGCCCGUGGAGAAGGGCCACUAUGGGCGCGCUCUCGAGGAAGCUGUCCAGACACAGAAGCUUCAGUGGCCGCGCAAAUGGAAUCAGCAAAAUCCCUUGCACGGCGGUCGCAACUUUAACAACAUGUCGUCGACGGAUCGCGUGAGUAUCCUACUUCCCAUCUCCGGAGCCCGUACUAAUAGCCUCCAGCUCGAUCUCCUCAAGGCCCUCGUCCUGUGGAGCCUGAAUCAAUCCGAGCUCAUCACCAAUAUGAUAAAGGACGGUUACAAGUCGCGUACAACCAAAGAUCCCCGCGAUACGAACAUUCCGCUGUCCGUACAGCCGUGGGGUCGAGAUGGCGACAAGCGACGGUACUGGCUGAUCGAGGGCCAGGACGACACAUCCUUUCGUGUCUACAGGGAGAGCAACCCUGCGCUGAAGCACGUCACAUGGUGGAGUGUCGCAGGUUCCAUUGAAGAGAUACGUACACUCGCAACGAAGCUGGAGGAACAGGACGGCACUCGUGAGGCCAAGGCACUGAGUGAGCGCAUGCUUAACGCUAUACCGCGUUUCGAGGCUACAGAAGAGAAGCGCAAGAAGCGCUUGUACCGUGCCGAACGAAAGGUCAGGUUAACACAUCCAGUACCUGGCUUCUCCCUCUACGAAGGCCGCACCCGCGGCAAGCGCAUGCGGUAUACGUUUGAUGAAAACGAUGAUGAGGAUUCUGAGGCUGGCAUUAGGCGGUCGACGCGCAAUUCUGGCAGAGAAUCCUCAACUGGACCCAGCGCCCCCACCGUCACUGCCAGUGGCCGCCAGGUUCGGUCCCGCGCGACUGGCAUGUACGGCGAGUCCUUACUCAGUGGACAAACAACGGAGCUCGCCUCACCCGCUACUGGAGACUAUGUACGGUCUGAUGGCUCAGAGGAGCCGGAACGACCUGCCCAUGACAGGUCGACCCGCGCUGCGAAUCGUGGUGCAGGUGCAACACACACCCAGAAGCGCAACUUCGAACCAUACAACGAAGACAUGAGUGAAGAGGAUGACGCGACAUCUUGGAAUGGCGAUGACGAAGACGAGGACGAGCCCGACCAGAUGGACCUGGAUGAAGAGGAGGAAGAAUCCGACGAGGAACCCUCCGACACCGAGGAAUCGCCCCAGUCCCUCGUGGUACAUCUAAAGAUCGGUAAGGAAGCUUCCAGCUCUUUAGCAGAGGUACCAUCUCCGACCAAGGAAGAUGAUGUCGAGGUGGAGGAACCGUCGCAGUCUGUCCCUGUAACUUCUGGCCCGCCGCUUACGGGCAUGGACGCUGCCCGUACGCUCCCUAUUCCCGCUUCAGUACCUGCGCCAGCAGCGACAGCAGCGGCGCCUCUCCAGCCGCUGCCACCGCCAACUUCCUUAAUCGCUCAAAUCGCACCGCAGGAUAAUCCUCUGCCUGCACCAGAGCCCAUUGCUCUCCCUUCUAUCAUUCCUACCGCCCAGCCGAACGGUCUUCCUCCGCAGCCUUUGGAGCCCGCCGCUUUCCCGCCUGCUCCUGCUCCGCCGAGCGCUCCCGUCGCGCCUAUCGCCCCUGUUACCCAGCGUCCUCUACCAACUGCUGAACCCCACAAUCUCCCUCCCUUGGGCUCUCUUUUCAACGCUCCGACCCCGCCUUAUAACGCGCAGGAGGCACCUAAACCUCAGGUGCAGCCUCCCUUCCCACCUACCAACCCUGAGGCACCUUGCUCGCCGAAGCAGUACGCACAUACCUUGCCGGCUGCCACGCCGGCCGCCCACUGGCAAUAG